UGUCGUGGAAUAAAUUUAUUGUUUGAUUACUGAAAUCUGCAGCAGCGUGCAAGAGCACAGCUCGUGUAGCGUAAAUAUAUACGUGGUCAAACAUUUGCUUAUGAAGAGAACAUUAGUGCAGGUGUUAUUAGUGUUUAUUGAGAGUAAAAGUGCAAAUAACGAUAAGUAAAUAAAUAAAAAAGCAACAUUAUGCAUUUAAAUACAAUUAUAAUGUGAUUACAUCAACAUUGUAAACAAAUCGAAAGAGCGUAAAAAAGUGAGCGCCAACGCGUGUGAAAGCGUAUAUUUUUUUUUUCAUAAAUGAAAUUUAAAUCAAAAGCGGAAAUGGCGGAACAAUGACUAAAACACUGUGCUUUAAGAUGUGAAAUUGUUCUAAUGAUAAAAAUGUUAAGCAAUAGUUUGAUUGUAGGUGUAUAUCUGAACUAAGCGUAAAUGAUAUUGUAAACAAAUCUAGAACGAUUCAAACACUCUAAGUGAACGGUUGAAAUUGCACGCGCAGUCCGUUACCAGUCGCAAGUCAGCCAGUUUGAGAGCGAUUUAUACGAGAACAAAGUGCAAGCGGCCGCGUUGUCACUUAAGUGAAUAACGAGCAUGUAAAAUAAAGCAAGUUUCACACACGACGUCAAGUAUUGCAGUUGAAAAAUUAAGUGAAAAGAUAAACAAACUGAAAAAACGUGAAAAGUGUUUUCAAUUAAUUAAAUUCAAGUGGUCGCGUCACCAGUAAGUGAAAGUGAUAAACACAAAUAACAGUACAAUAGUUAUAUACAUAUUUGUAUAACAUACACAGAGGCGCUACACCCUGUACUGCAGCAGUUACGUUUUGAAAAUGUCAGCAAUAAAAGUGUGUGAAGCGCUCUUUGCGCUUUACGUUUAUGCGCUGUUCAGCCUGAGCACGGUUUCCACGCUGCCUUACAACUACGAUGACAUACACGAUUUGAGCGCCACGCGUCCGGACGCACAACCAAAACAAUUGCGGCUUUGGCUGACAAUAAGUGCGCGCCAUCGUUUUGUGGAGGUCUCUUGGACCAACGCGCCUGCGCACAAGGAUGAUCACAUAUUGAUUACCAUGCAGGCGCCACAUAAGUUUGAACGCGUCGAACGCACGACCGGCACGCCGCUAGCCGCAUUUGAUAACGCCGAAGGUAGCGGCUUUGUGCCAAACGAUGGCGUUACCGAACGCAGCACUUCCUCGCCGACGCGCUAUCUACUCCAACGUGAAAACAAACACAAUUACGUUGCGCGUUCGAAUGCGAGCGACACUUUUGAAGGUAGCGGCUUUGUGGACAGUUACAACGCGGCGCCGCCCAUAGCAUCCAUGCCGCCGCGUCUUUAUUGGAUUUCAAACAAUGGCAGCGAUGAUAUAGUCGCUGCAUUACAACCAAGCGCCGCCGCACAAUGGUUCACCACGGGUGUAUAUUUUGAUUACGCGCACUCACGCAAUGUGACCGCCAAAACGGGCUGUUAUGGCUUUUGGGCGAGUUAUGUGAAUGCCAGCGGCGAUAUAUUGGCCACCAGCUGUUUGCGCGCCUAUCCACGUUGGAUGCGCGAAAUGAGCGCACAGGUGGGUGGUAUGCGUAUGCGCGAUCUCUUCAUACCUGGCACACACGACUCCGGUUCGUACAGGCCCGAUUUCGAUCCACUACUACGCGAAACGAUCGUCACAAAGUAUGCGCUGACACAGGACGAUGACGUACGCGGCCAGUUGUUGCACGGCGUGCGUUAUUUGGAUAUACGCGUUGGUUAUUAUCGCAAUACGCCCGAGCGUUUCUACAUUAAUCAUGGCGUUACACGACAGCGUCCUCUAGCGGAAAUUAUUGAGCAAGUUAAAGAGUUCGUCUUGGAGACAAAUGAGAUUGUGAUAUUCGGUUUGAAAGAGUUUCCGGUUGGUUUCGGAAAAGGUCUUGGCGUUCAUCGGCUGCUGGUCAGUUUCUUACAGCAGCAAUUUGGCGAUGUUAUCGUGCAUCCUUCAGCGUCAUGGCGCGCAACAUUAAACGAUAUUUGGUCAAGGCAACAGAACGUCAUUUUGGCUUAUGACAAGGGCCAAGUAGUGGCUGAAUUUCCAAAUACACUAUUUCGUUCGGUGGAGCAACGUUGGGGCAAUGUGCAAACAUGGCCAAAGCUGGAGAAGUACUUACGUUCAAUUAACAACUUUGAUGUUUCUCGCCUAUCAAGCCGACCCAUUGCUGAUAUGGCAGAACUUACACCUGACACGUGGGGUGUUAUACUCGAUAAAUAUGGCGGGCUACGAAAAAUGGCCGAUCAAGUCAAUUGGCGUAUUUCUGAACUUUAUCGCGACGAAUUGGGCGCACAUGCGAAUAUUGUAGCGGUGGAUUUCAUACGUGGCACCAGCCUAAUGGAUAUCGCUCUCGAAUGGAAUAAACGUAAAGUCGUGUACUAUUAGGCGUUGAAGUGAAUUUACAUAUAAAUAUCUCUAUUUACAUAUAAAUAUCUAGUAAACGAUAAUUUUAAAUUCGCCUACUUUUUCUUAGAGAAAAAGUGUAUUUCCUUUCCAAAGUUUUUCUUAAAACAUAAAAAUAAAAAAGAGCCAACAGAAAAUAUCUCACCAAGAUAUUUUCUUUUCUUGGUCAGUGGAAGAAAAAAUUA